UUUUUUUGGUUUUUGAUUAGUCCUCCUCUUCAGUCUCGUGGACGCACUCUAAGACCCGAGUGACACGAGAAGAGGUGGUUCUUCCCUGAACGGAGGCCAGCUUGAGGCUCGGCUGUGGCGCCUCACGUGUCCCCUGGCUGCCAAAGCCCGGUUCCUCGCACUUGUCUCCCGCCUUUUAUCCUCUCUCCUCCCCCGCCUUCUCCCGUCCACAGGUUCAGAUGGCGCAGGUUCCCAUGAACUCAGAAGUAAUUGUGGACCCUAUGCAGGUAACCUUCGAGGACGUGUUCAUGCACUUCUCCCAGGAGGAGUGGGGGCUCCUUGAUGAGACUCAGAGGCUCCUAUACCGCGAUGUGAUGCUGGAGAACUUGGCACUCACAGCCUCACUGGGAUAUGCAUCUUCCAUGCCCCGUGGGGUGGCUCCACUGGAGCUGUGCAAUGAAUCCUGGCUAUCAGACUGGGCACAUAUGACUACAGCCAUGACCAGAGAGGCUCAGGGUGAGUGUGACCCUGGUUCUUGGCAUAAAAUGGAGGAUAAGAAAACAAUGUUUAAGCAGAAGGUCUCUACAGGAGGAGCAUCACAGGCCAGAACUCCUAAGGCGGGCCCUUCUACCCAGAAAGAAGCCUAUCCCUAUGAGACAUGUGGCCCGGUCUUGAAAGACAUUUUGCGCUUGGCUGAGCACCAAGAAACACACCCUGGGCAGAAACCAGGGGGGAAACAAUUCUGCUUCAGUGCAGACCUUAACCACCAGAAACAGCAUGGUGGAGAGAAAUCCUUCAGAAGAGACGAGGGCCAGGACUUUCUUGUGAACAGCUGCUCUGGCCAGCCUUUGGAAAUACCCUUUAUGACUGUGGAAGGUUGUAAGGACUUCUCGACUAACUCAGGCAUUUUCCAGCACCACGCCUCUUGCAGUGAGUGGAAGCCACACACUGGACAAAGGCAUUAUGAGUGCAGCGAAUGUGGGAAAACCUUCAACCGCAAAGACUCUCUUGUCCAGCACCAGAGGGUCCACACUGGAGAGAGACCAUAUGAGUGUAGUGAGUGUGGGAAAACCUUCAGCCGCAAACCCAUACUUGCUCAGCACCAGCGAAUCCACACUGGAGAAAUGCCCUACGAGUGUGGCGUAUGUGGGAAAGUGUUUAAUCACAGCUCCAACCUCAUUGUACACCAGAGAGUUCACACUGGAGCAAGGCCUUACAAAUGUAGUGAGUGUGGGAAAGCCUAUAGCCACAAAUCCACACUUGUUCAGCAUGAGAGCAUCCACACUGGAGAAAGGCCUUACGAGUGCAGCGAAUGUGGGAAGUACUUUGGUCACAAAUACAGACUCAUUAAACAUUGGAGCAUUCACACUGGUGCGAGGCCUUAUGAGUGCGUAUCCUGUGGGAAAUUCUUUAGCCAAAGUUCUGACCUUAUUGCACACCAGAGGGUCCACAAUGGUGAAAAGCCCUAUGAGUGCAGUGAGUGUGGGAAAGCCUUUAGCCACAAACAUGUGCUUGUUCAGCACCAUAGGAUUCACACUGGGGAAAGGCCAUAUAAGUGCAGUGAAUGUGGGAAAGCCUUUAGGCAAAGAGCUUCCCUUAUCCGACACUGGAAAGUUCACAGUGGAGAAAGGCCAUAGGAUACUGGGAUAAGUCAUCUCCUUGUUCACCAGUGAGAAGAAGCUCUGUGACUUUGAGAGUAGCCAUCAACUGGAAUUUGAACCCCGUCAAUCUGAACACCCAUUCCAGGGAGAUUCUUCUGAGGGCCUCUUCCAUGGUAAGCUUUCUAGAGCAAUAUUGUACUUUGUCACCUGCCCAGGACCCCUGCCAAAAUUCCAUCACUGCCAGUGUCUCUGAAAGAAGCCAUCCUUCUAUGCAAUGGCAGGGUGCCACAUUGUGCAAAUAUCACCCCAACAAGCUCUGUUAGGCACACCUGUGCUGCUCCUUUUCCUACAGGGAAUCCUCAGUAUCCUGAGCCCAUUGAUCCUAGUCCUUCCUGUCCCUCCUGCCCUGGCUUCUUUAAGCAUGGACAUGGCCCAGUUUCAGCCAGGAGGAUGCAAGUUUUGUUUGCUGGCUGCUUACAGAGCAGGAUUCCAGUUUUUGUGGACUUUAUUGGGGUCAUGUGGCACUCAUGGUAGAUUUGUCCAUCCUCUAAGUUCCCUAACUUGGGAAAUGCCUGCCCCAGUAUUGUGGUGUUUCAGCAAAUGCCUUAAUUUUUAAACCUGGGAUCUUAAUCUUUAAUCUUGGGGUUUCAGUUUACUCUGUAGGCUGAGUGGAGGACAGAAGCAGGCUCAGCCUACAUGAAGGGAUGGGUAGCUUUAGGAAGUGCUCAGUGUUCUGAGUUCAACAGCAGACACAACGACUCAUUCUAAUUUCCACCUAACUCGCACUGCUGCCCAAGGCCUCCUAGGGAAGAACACCAGACUGUGUGGGCCUAACCUUUUGUCUUGUGUGCCAAGAUUACCUGUGAGACUUUGGUGGAUAUUUGUUGUGGCAACCACUGGUCGGUCUGGGAACACCAUGCAUUGAGUCCCUUGUUCCCAGGGGAUGUUUCAUAUUUUCUUGCCCUCUUGAGGAGAGCCUGACCCCCUUGGGCUUGCCAACAGCCCUGAAAUCUAAUAUUCAGUAGGCAAAUGUCACUUUCCCCUAAAAGACUAGGUAGGAAUCACAAUUGGUACAGAGACACUGAUACCAAUAUGGAAUUGGGGGAUUGCAGCAAACCUAGCGGAUGUAACUUCCAAAGGUGUAUCCACAAACAUUCCCUCCACUAUGGCAUUGGUAUGAGGGCUUACAGAAAUUCUCAGGGCUCCCAUAUUUGUGUGUCUACUGUGGCUGUGGUCACUAUCAGAGAAAUUAAACAUUUUCUACAAUAAACUACCUAUUUAUAGUGUACAGUUUGAUAUGGUCCAAUGCGUUUGCACUUGUGAAACCAAGUUCCUGAUUCCCAUUAUAAUCCCUCUCCUGACCCCAUUCCCAGGCAAGCACUCCUGUCACUAGAUUUGUGUUUCCUAGAAUUUUAUAUAUGAUGUAUAUGGACUAAUUUAAUAUUUACUUAUAUAUCUGACUUAUUUGACUCUGCAUGGUUAUGUUGUGAUUUAUCAGUGUUUUUCUGUAUCAGUAGUUAAUUCUUUUUAAUGCACAUAUUUGCUGAAAGUGUUCCCUUUGGGGGAAAUAAUUCCAAAGCAAGCAAUCCAGGAGGACUCAUACAACAAUGAAACCAUAGUAUGUAUUAUAAUCUUAACUUGAAAAUGAUGCGCCAUCAUUUAUGACAUGAUCUCUGGCUGACACAGACUAAUUCUGCUACAAGGUGGCAGGAGGCUCCACAAUAGUGAAAAUGCAAGAGGUGGGAUUUGCGGGGAGGCGGGGGCAAUUUCUUUGACAUUGAUGACCAUAAUUAUAGUUAUUUUGAAUUUUCUUUACCUUUUUAGUCUUUGAUGAUGAAUUACAUUGAUUUUCAAAAGGUGAAACUAACCUUUCAUUUGUGAGGCAGGUCCCAGUUGGUCAUAAUGUAUUAUUUUUAUGUAUUAUUGGAUUUUACAGUCAUGCACUUCACCUCGAUUUCAUCAUUAUGUAAACAUCAUGGAGGCACUUACACAAACCUGGAUAGUCUAGCCUACUACAUACCUGGGCUGUAUAGUACAGCCAGUUGUUCCUAGGCUACAAGCCUGCACAGCAUGUUACUUUGCUAAGGUACUGUAGGCAGUUCUAAGAAUGGUAAGUAUGUAUCUAAACAUAGAAAAGGUACAGUAAAAAAAAAAUGGUGCACUGUAUGGGGCACUUACAAUGAAUGGAGUUUGCAGGACAUGGAGUUGGUCUGGGUGAGUGAGUAGUGAGUGAUGUGAAGGCCCAGGACAUUACCGUACAUGACUAUAGACUUGAUAUACUGUAUAGUUAGGCUACACUAAAUUUAUUUUUACAUACUUUGAUUUCUUCAAUAAUAACCUUUGCUCACUGUAACUUUUUUACUUUUUUUUUUUUCUGGAGGGAGAUUCCUCCCCUUCUCACCCCCCUCCCUGAUUCCCCAAUUCCUUUUUUACUUAAACCUAAUUUCAAAAGCUAUUCAGUUCCUGUAAUAACAGCUCCAAGCACAAACACCUUGUAUAGCUGUACAAAAAUGUUUUCUUUAUACCCUUGUUCUAUAAGCUUUUUUCUAUUAAAAUUAUUUUUUACUUCUUAAACUUUUUUGUGACCACAUACAUGAAGACUAGACAGAAGUAGAUGAUAAUGAAAGCAUAAACCUUAGUGGGUCCACAUUUUUUGAGAAAUGGACAACCUAGCACCUCACUGUGGUGGGGGAAGUUGUGCCUAGCUCACCACACUCCACCCAGGGUUGACCGGGUGGAUCCCCAGUGGUUCCAUUGUGGCCAUAAUGGUGUGUUGGGGAGGGUGUUAGGCCACAGUUAAUUGAGGCUGCUGUUGCCUAUACAUUGGCCCAAUUGUCAGGCACAGUAAUUUUUUCACCCAAAAUUGGUCUUUUCCUGCUACCAAAUAGGUGGACACAGCCCCUGGUCACUGUAGACAAAGAAGAUGGCUCUCUGGUGGAUGUGCAGGAUUCUGCUUGAACAGGACAUGCACGGCUCUGUUCUUGCUUGAUUCUCUGCAUCUGACUCAUGUGCCUGGGUCACCGAGCAUCCAAGGACAGUGUGAUCCUCACCUUGUGCGCUCCCCACCACAGACACCUGGUAUGGUU